AUGAUAUCAGAUUAAUUACGAUAAGUUCUAUCCAAUAAUACCCCAAACAUUAUAGGUCCACAACUCUCUCGAAAAACUGUUCUUUUAAAAAAAAAGAAUAAGAAAUUAUGCAACAAUACUCUUAAUCAACUACCUCAAAAGUGUAAUUAAGAUGUCUCAUCAAAAGGUGAUAAAUCAUAGAAAACAGAUAAAACUGAGACAAUUACAAUCAAGUCUAAUAGUAAUAUUGGCUCUUAAACCUCGAAUUCUAUCCCUUGUAUUUCUUAGGAUGUAUUUGAUGGCAUUGAAAUUCCUCAUACUGAUCCAAUAUGGUUAGAAAUCAUCCCUUAAGAAUUAUUGCAAGAAACAACAGUUGAAAAAUUAUUAGAAGACAACAAAGAUUACUUUUAUAACUUAUUAGGAUUAUACCUAUAAGAAAGAGCUAUAGGAGAUUUGAAUAUGUCACGCUUUGUUUUACCUUAAAAGUUUUAAACUUAAUAUUCAAAAGAUUUCACUUUAAAAUCUGCAGAUCGAAAAAUAGGAAUUGACUCUAGAAUAUAUGAAGAUUAUAAAUAAUACAGUUCACAAAAUUAAAAUACAACUACUUACAAAUAGUAUUUUUAGAAACCAAUUUCAAAUGAUAUUAUCCAAUCAUUCAAGCCUACUCCAGAACGAAGUGUUCUAGCUUUGGCUGCAUUAACUACAUAUAAAGUGUUAUUUAAUUUUUUAAUCUUUAGGCUAAUCACAUUAACUUUAAAUAACCUGAAAUACCAGAAAUUAUGAAAGCACCAAACAAUUCCACAACAGGUAAAUUGUAAUUAAAUGGAAAUUCAAAUUAUAAUUUAGAUUAUAAAUGGCAUCAAAACUAUGAAAGAUUACCUAAUUUCAAAAAUAGUUAUUCUAAAUUGUAAAAUUAAUAAAUUUAUCAUAGAAAUCCUAUUUCUAAUUCUGAUAUCUUCUUUACUAAAUAGAGAGCAUCUAUUGAUUAUUAUCCAUUGAGUCCAUAACUUAAAGCAACCCAAGUUCUUACAACUCCAUCCUUUUAGGGUUAAUUUAUGACUACAUUUAAACAGUAUCUAAUACAAUAUAAUUUUAUAGUGAUUUUUAAUAAAUUGAUAAAGAAUUAAUGAAUCCAAAAAUGAGAAAUUGGAGAUUAAAUAUGGUUAAUAAAAUUAAUUCAGUUAGGGAAAGAUAAAUUUAAUAAUGA